GAACUUUUUUAAAAAAGCUUUCCUCUUCUACCCACACAAUCUUAUUUGAGUCCCUUAGUCAGUCAGCAAGCAUGUUUGGAACAGUCCCCAGUGCUUUGCAAGGGUUCAUAUUGCAGAACAGUCACGUAUGGGUAUUUGUAGUUAUAAAUACUUGACCAGUCUCCAGGGGUGGGGUUUCCAACCCUUUAAACAACCUCGUUGCCUGUUAUCAAGCUGACUUUUUGCUCUAAGUGUCAGAAUUGAUUGUGAUUAGGACAUCUUUUGCUGAGAAAUAAAUAAAAUGGAACACAAUGGAUCUGCUUCAAAUGCUGAUAAAAUCCAUCAGAAUCGCUUAUCGGGUGUUACAGAAGAUGAGGACCAAGACGCUGCUCUUACCAUUGUGACUGUGCUGGACAAAGUGGCGUCCAUUGUGGACAGUGUCCAGGCAAGCCAGAAGAGAAUAGAAGAGAGACACAGGGAAAUGGAAAAUGCCAUAAAAUCUGUCCAGAUUGACCUGUUGAAGCUUUCACAGUCACAUAGUAAUACAGGCCAUAUCAUUAACAAGUUGUUUGAGAAAACCCGAAAAGUGAGUGCUCACAUUAAAGACGUGAAGGCCCGCGUGGAGAAGCAGCAAACUCAUGUUAAAAAAGUUGAAGUCAAGCAAGAGGAAAUAAUGAAGAAAAACAAAUUCCGCGUGGUAAUAUUCCAGGAGAAGAUCCGCUGUCCAACAUCCCUGUCUGUUAAAGAGAGAAACCUAGCUGAGAACCAGGAGGAGGAGGAGGAAGAGGAGGAUAUCUUUGAUCCCCCAGUAGAUCUCUCUUCGGAUGAAGAGUAUUAUAUUGAAGAAAGCAGAUCUGCCAGGCUUAGAAAGUCAGGCAAGGAGCGCAUUGAUAACAUCAAAAAGGCAUUUUCUAAAGAAAACAUGCAGAAGACACGCCAGAAUUUUGACAAGAAAGUGAACAGAAUUAGAACUAGAAUAGUGACCCCGGAGAGAAGAGAAAGGCUGAGGCAGUCAGGAGAGAGGCUGAAGCAGUCAGGAGAGAGGCUGAAACAGUCAGGGGAAAGAUUUAAGAAAUCUAUUUCUAAUGCUGCUCCUUCAAAGGAAGCCUUUAAGAUGCGUAGUCUCAGGAAAGCUAAGGAUCGAACUGUGGCUGAAGGUCAGGAAGGUGACAGGGAGAUGGGGGUUGACAUUAUUGCUGGAAGUGAUUCUCUGGGCCCCAUCAGUGAGCUCUACCCAGAUGGGCUCAGCGAACCAGAACACGAGGCGGCCAGGGCGGCGUAUCCUCCCCGAGAAGCUGGGGACAUCCCCACUCCUGAGCCUUUGAAAGUUACUUUUAAACCUCAGGUGAAAGUAGAAGAUGAUGAAUCUCUUUUGUUGGAUUUAAAGCAGUCAUCAUAAAGAGGAAUUAAGUAUAUCCUAAGUAUAAAUCUCCUUAAUCAUGCAGUUUUAGUUUGAAUAGUGUAGUCAUUUACAUUUCUAUGCCAUAUGGGAAAACAGAAAUGGUAUGGCUGUUUCAUUUCUUAUAUUUAAAAUCUUGAAGAUAAUAUAAAUAUUAUAUACAUUUUCCUGUAACUUCCUGGGGAAUUCUUUUUUUCUCCUGGGCAUAUGUGAUUCUAGCAGCUUUUUCUCUGACGUCACUCUUUCUCAUGGCAGCUGUGGAAUUUUAAGUUCCUUUCUCUUGCCCAUCAGACAUGUAGUUUCCUAGGUGAGGCCUGUUAGGUGGUUGAUCAUCCAGAAGAAAUAAAGGGCAAAUCUGUGGCCAUGAUUUGCAAGUGAACACUAAAAAUAUUGGUCUGGAUCAAUGUUGUGGCCAACCUCAAAGGGGAAUUAACUAACAUGUGGAUUAUAUCAUCCAGAUGUUCAAAUCAACAGAUGUGUUAGUAAGCCAACAGUCACACCCGUUUUGGGAUGCUUUUGCAUAAAACAAUUGAAGUUCUGGACUUGAGCAUUUGGCUCUAGCAGCAGAGCUUUACUUAUAGUGAAAUGCUUGGCAGGUCACCUGCUUAUUCUCAUCAAUAAAACGGAGAGAGCUAUCCUGUCCUGCCCAUCUCGGAGGACUGUUGUGAAGACCAGAGGAAAUGUUUUACAUUAUGGGGGAACAAGAAGCACACCCAGAGAAAACAGGCCUCAGUAGUUCCUCAAAACUAGAAUCAAAAUAUUCCACCUUCUGAAAAAGCCCUGAGCACUCAUCAGUGUGGUCCUUGUUUGGACAGAAAGGAAAGUUUGUCUUCAAAGCAUUUUCACAGAAUCAGGAGUGAAAAACAAAUGUUUGGGUGAUGACUUUUUCAUCAAAGACUAAAACCGAACCAUAGGUUUUAGCUGGGUCUUAAAAUGUUCCCUGGCAAACUCUUUUCUAAUUUCCUUUUGAUUUAGAUCUAUGGAGGACUGUAGCCACAUUUGUUUGAGCAGCAUGAGGCGAAAACUGCAGCUUUGAUAUCCUGUGGCCUUUCUAAAGUCAGCCCUGAUGCACUGCAUUUGGAAAUGCCCUCAAAUCUUUCUGUUUUCCAGAGUGAACCCUUUAGGGCCCGAUGUCCAAAACAGUGUCUGUAGGAGUUCAUCAUAGCUGCUUUGGGAGGAAGCCAGGUUCCCACUUCUCUGUUAGCUUUAGAUCUGUCCAGUCAGGAAGUAGAUAUUGCUAAAAAAAGAGAUAAAUGGUCAUACUGGUUUGCCACUUGUGGCAUGCUUAAAUCUUUUAGUUUUGUAAUCGGAAAGAAAUGAUGGAAUUGUUGAAUUUGAAGAGUUUGGACAACAGUCAGAUCCCACUUUUUUCUCACUUUCAGACCAGUUUUGGAUAAUCAGGUAGUAGUUAAAUAUAAUAAUAAGUAUACAUAUAGACACAUGGGUAUAGCUUUAGUAUAUUUGACUCAGUUACUCAGAUGUGGGUUUUCGGAGUUUAAUUCAGCAUCAUUUCCUCUUCACCCUGUAUGAACACAUAAAAUUGUAAAUCAUUCAUCUUGUUAUCUUAUUAUAUUGAAAAUUAAAGUAUGUACAACAUUGAA